GUCGCGGCCCGGCGUUCGUUAGAGACGAUUGUGUGUCCUUAAGCAAACUGACGUAACUCACAAAAUAGUUUAUUCUUUUAUUGUCGCCGCGUCACGUGUCUUGACUGUUCUGUGCCAGUGGAUGUUCAGCUCAGUGGAAAUAUCAAUAUAAUAUCGGAUGCGCGCGAGUGUAAUGUGAAUUCGUUCAUCGAAGAUCAUCAGAAAUGAUCCACGUAGAUGAAACAGAUCCCGUGGGAGAGAUCGAGCCCCCGUUCCCGUGUCGAGAUGUCACGAUCAAAAGAAACACGGAUGUGAACGAGAACUAUGAGAUGCUCUCGGAAAUCGGACGAGGCAAAUUCGGAACAGUAUACUUGUGCAGAGAAAAGAGCACGGGUCUGGAACUGGCCGCCAAGCUCGUCCUAGUGAACAGGAGGGACGAGAGACGCAACGUGGAACGGGAGGUGGACGUGAUGAGGAGACUCCGGCACCCUCGACUGAUCCAACUGUACGACGCUUACGACUGGGGGAAAUAUAUGUGCGUCGUUCUUGAACUAAUAACGGGAGGCGAGCUGUUCGAAAGAGUCAUCGACGAAGAUUUCGUUCUGACAGAGCGCGCCUGUACUGUGUUCAUGCGACAGAUCUGCGAGGGCAUCGAGUUCGUUCACCGCCAGAAUAUACUCCACCUGGAUCUAAAGCCCGAAAACAUUCUCUGCCUAACGAAGACCGGUAACCGUAUCAAGAUUAUAGACUUUGGUCUCGCCAGAUUCUAUGACCCGGAGAAGAAGCUGCAAGUGUUGUUCGGGACCCCGGAGUUCGUUGCCCCCGAGGUGGUCAACUUCGAUCAGAUCGGUUACGGCACUGACAUGUGGUCCGUCGGAGUCAUAUGUUAUGUCCUACUAUCAGGACUGUCCCCGUUCAUGGGAGAAACCGAUAUAGAGACAAUGGCGAACGUGACUGUCGCAAAAUAUGACUUCGACGAUGAAGCCUUCAAUGAAAUAUCCGAAGACGCAAAGGACUUCAUACGGAAACUGCUCGUGAAAGACAAAGAGUCACGGCCCAGCGCGGCGGAGUGUCUCCGGCACGCGUGGGUGGCGCCCCCGCCCGCGCGGAAACACGAACUCGACGUCACCAAGGACAACCUGCGCCUCUUCGUCGAGCGCUGGGGCGACCAUCCCAACUCUCCUUACGUCUUCGACAACGAAGCGCACGAGAUCACCUGCCUCGCCCUCUGCGAGCGGUCCUCCGUCGGAGGCUGCUCGCCCUCUCCUCGAAGCUCCCUCGCCACGUCCCUCACCAGCUCGCCCGACGGAGUCUUCGACGAGGACGACUUGGAGCCCCCUCCGCUCAGAGACACUACAUUCCCCGCCAAGAGAUACAAUCCUGUGGAACGCCGCGCUUCCGACAGUUCGUGCUUUUUGCAUAAAAAACACGACGUGUUCGUUCGAAAGAAUUUGGCGGAGGAAAUAAAAAAGCUAUCGGAUCAUCUUUUCAUGCUGUCCACGAUGAACACGGAUCUGACGAACAACAACAACAGUAGAGAGCUCGAUAAAAACGUUACGGAAAAUAAAGAAAUUAAAGAAGAGAAACUGCCCAACGGGAUUAAGAAAGAAGCAAAAGUGACAGUGACGAAAACGGUAACCAAUGGAGACGCUAAUAAAAAAGAUAGAAGAAUAUUCACAUCUAAAUCGACUACGAAGAUAUCGACGGCAUUUCUCACAGACAAGGACUCCGAGAGGCCGAUGACGAGCAAAAUGCCGUGGGCCAAGUCGACCAGGUCGAAACGAGUCACCAACUUAAGCAGAGACGUCCCUGAACAACCGGUGGAGGUCCGGAACAGCUUCUUCCAGGAAUUCGACAAAAGACGCGAUAAAAUCGACAAACUAGUAAACGGCGCGGAGAACGGCCGCCAAAUUCCCUACAGAAGGGGAGAUGAGAACAACGCUCAUAGAACGAAAGACCUCUUGUUACACUUAUUAGAAAAAUGGGGGGAAAACGAGGAUAUCGAAGCGGAAAGGUCGGCUGGAGGCACCUCGAAUGGAGGGAGACAUCAAUCGAUUUCCUUAGAAUGGUCGCCCUCAAAUCAACUUGCACAAAAUUCUAUGUCCAGUCUCCACGCGUUUUUCCAGCGACAAACCUCAGACGAAAAGACUCAAAGGAAGAAAACUAGUGAAGUUAAUAAUAUGAAGUGAUCUUUCUCUUACUACUAGAACAGGGUAUAGUGCCAUCACAUGACACUUAAGUUACCAAAGUAACAGAGAUUAGAAGGCAGAUGAAAUGACAAUUUUGUAUGACAAAUCUAGUCUGAAUUGAAAUUCUGAUAGUUUCGGAACGAAAGACUGAGUGAAAGGAAUUUCGUGAAUAGGAUUUCAAUGGCGAAUGGUUUCGUAAUUAUUUUUUUUUGUAUGUAAAUAGGGCAUCUGGAGAAUUAGAUGAAUUAACAUUUUGUUCCUUAUUGUACUUAUGGUUAACUUAAUUGUAAUUUAUUGUUAAAAUAUAAGGCUUCUAAAAAUAAACUGUGCGUGUUUUAU